GCAUUAUUUAUUUGUACAAUCCCCGAUUGGUUUUAGAAUCUUGUUUUGUAAUGAAAUGUCUCACGAUCUGUGAAUAACUUGAAAGAGUGCUGAAGCGUUUCAGCCACGCGGUGAGGAGGGCGGUGGCUGAGGGGUGGUGUGUGCGUGGCGUUGCAGCACGCGCAGUGGCGCCACAACGGGCGCGACGAGGACCCCGAGCGCGAGCAGCGGCGGCGCGUGCGCGUGGAGCGCAAGCUGCAGGAGCUGGAGGAGGACCGAGGCGAGCUGGCGGACGACGCCUACCACGACAUCGUAGAGUUCGCGCACAACUACUUCAACAGCCACGAGCGCUCGCCCGAAGGUACGAUAAUGGCAACCUUGACGCGCAAGAAUAAACCAACUGAACUGGUGCCCAAGUACGAGAUGGACCUGUGCAAGUACAUCCGCGGGGAGCUGAAGGCGGACGCGGAGCUGCAGACGAUCCAGGCGAUCGUGGGCUACGGCAUCGAGCGCGAGGAGCUGCGCGACGAGAUCCUGGUGCAGUGCGUGCGCCAGGCCACCAACAACCCCAACGCGGAGAGCACGGAGCGCGUGUGGCUGCUGCUCUGCCUCUGCAUCGUCGCCUUCCAGCCCAGCAAGCUGCUCUAUAAGUAUUUCAUGUGCUUCCUGAAAAAGAACCUGCAGUUGGAGGGCAAACUUCGCCAGUACGUGCAGUGGUGUUUGGAAAACUGCAAGAACACCAAAGUCUCCUGUCGUCAGUAUCCUCCUUCCACCGUAGAAAUUGCGGCGAUGAAGCGGCUGGGCACGAUCGUGUGCCGCUUCUUCUUCCUGGACGGGCGCACCAAGGCGAUCGACGUGCACCCCACCGACACGGCGAGCGACGCCGCCGCCAAGCUGGCCGAGAAGCUGGGCCUGCGCCACCUCGAGGGCUGGGCCAUCUACCAGAGCCGGCCCGACGGCGAGGAGCACGUGCGCGCGCACGACUACCUCUACGACUGCAAGUUGGGAUCAAGCACGUCGUCCUUCCCGACGCUGAGCCGGCGCGGCAACAACUCGACGCUGGGCUCCGGGGAGAACCGCUUCGUGUUCAAGCGGCGCCUCUUCCGGCACACGCGCGAGCUGUCGCAAGACCCCGUGGAGGUCAACAUGCUCUACGCGCAGGCCGUGCACAGCGUCGUCAAGUGCGAUGACUUCCCGGUGAGCGAGAAGGUGGCGCUGCAGCUGGCGGGGCUGCAGGCGCAGGUGGCGUUAGGGGACCCAAAGGACAACAACCGCCUCGACUUCUACACCGACGUGCCCAUCAUCUCGCAAGCGCAUCGCCAGUACGGCGCCAGCCGCAGCGAAUUGGCGGCCAAGGUGCUCUACCUCUCCUGCGUGAUGCAGUACCCGCUCUACGGCACCACCAUGUUCCACGUGACCUACCGCGGCUACUGGUCGUACGGUAACAGCCUCAUUUUGGGCGUCAACUGCGACGGACUGAUGCUAAUCAAGCCUGACGACAAGUUCGUGUUGUACGAAUACAGAUACCAGGACGUGGAGUCGAUUUUCUUGGAUCCCAGCGACUCGUUCAUCACGGUGAACCUGAUGCGCCAGCAGCCGGACAACAGCCACAAGUGCUUCGUUUUCGAGACGCCGCAAAAGAACGAGAUCGGGUCGCUCAUCGUCAGCUACUGCCCCGCGCUGGCCGGCUGGAUCACGGAGAGCGAGGCGCCCGUGCGAAAGGUGAAGGCGAUCACAAACGAGGACCGCAUCAGGCUGUACUCGAACCUCAUAAACUGCCGGCGCUCGCUGGUGGACAGCGACCUGCUGCGCAAGCCUCAAGACACAGGCGGCGGCUUUCUGCGCAACACGCUGCGCAGGUUGAGCAAGCACCGGCUGGAGAAGCUGCGCCAGGAGCACGGCGCGUCGCCGGAGCACGGCGAGACCUACAAGGGCUUCCCGUACGCCUUCUGGGCCUUCAGCCGCCAGCCCGUGCCGCAGAGCCUCAGCCGCCUGCCGGAGCCCGAGGAGCAGGCGGCGCUGCAGGUGGUGAUGGAGCGCUGCAUGCGCAAGGAGGCGCUGCUCAACGAGCUCUACCUGCAGCUGGUGAAGCAGACGACGGACCACCCGGACCCCAACUCGCGGGUCAACCUGCGCCACUGGGCGCUGCUGUCGCUCGCCUGCUCCGUCAUCCUGCCGCCCAACAAGCUGGUGCGCAAGCGGCGGCCGCGGCGGCGGCGGUGGGCGGUGGCGGCGGCGGCGGCGGGCGUUGCGGGCGGCGGGGCGCGGGCGGCGCGGCGCGCCUGCGGGCCCGGGCGGCGUCCCGGCGGGGCGAGCGCCUCGGCGGCGGCGGCCGCCGCUGCCGCCGCCGCUAGCAAGAACGCAGCGCGGCGCCAGCACCACCUCUUCCUCUUCAAGAAGCACCUGUUCCUGGACGAGUACAUGGACCUGGACGACCCCCAAUCCUUCACAUCCAACUGGCCGCGCAUGCUGUGGCUGGCGGUGGACCAGAUGGGGCUCCACUUGCUGGAGCACCGCUCGCGCAACGCGCUCUGCACCUACGAGUACGAUAGCAUCCUCAGCUACAGCCCCGCGCUCAACUGCCUCAUGAUCAUCACGGGCAGCGAGAAGAAACAAAGCAAAGUGAUACUCACCACGUCGCAGGCGUUCCAGAUCGCCAACCUGAUCCGCGAGUACACCGAGGUGCUGCAGGCGGACGCGGACCCGACACAGUCGCAACCGAAGCGGCGCGAGGGCGGUGGCGGCGGCGGGGGUGGAGGCGGCGGCGGCGGUGGCCCGCCGGGCCCCGGGCAGGGCCAGGGCCGGCGCAAGGGUCCGCCCACCACCCCGGGCGCCGAGCACGGCGACCACCGAGCGGUCAGCAUCCUGCACAAGCCCGCGCCGGCGCCCGUCAUCGACGCCGCCGCCAGCUAAGAGUUACUCGGGGCCGGAGGCGGCGCAGCGGGGUUCGUGGACGAAGACCUCGUGAGGCUGGCGCGAGAGAGGUCACUGACCCCAGUGCUGCCCCCCACCGGGCCCCGGCCGGGCAUGGUGUGGCGGGCUUACUAUCUGCAACGGUGCAGCUGCCCGCACCACCACGACGCAUGAGCGGGGGCCCAGGUGCCCCCCUCGCCAUGGACACGAGCACGACAGAUAUGUAUAUUAAAAAAAUUAAACAACAAAAAAAAAAACUCGUUGGUUUAUCGAAUCUCAACAUGCUCUUGUACCAGUAAUGCGCUGAAUACCUAGUCAUUACAGACUGAUUGCAGUAUAUACAUAUAUCUUUAAUUUUCGUUGGGCUUUCUCGCUACUGGACGUGAAUGCGAAGUUGACAUAUCCAAAGAUAUGUAGUUUGUUAUUUGAAAUAUUUACAUAUAAGCAUAUUAUUGUAUAAUAACUUAGUCUUUAUCAGAUGUUAAUGUCGACAGGUGAACAGCUGAAGGAUUCUUUCUUCUGAGUUAUAUUGGCACUAGGGUGUGAUUCCUUUAACAUAGCGUAGUGUUGUAGCUCAAGACUUGCAUUUCAAUAUUUCUGGAUUCUUUGCUGUUAUGGCAUGUGUUUCUGAACUUAAUUUUUUGAUUAAGGUGGGCUGACUGCUGGUGCUGCUUCUGACUGUAGCAUUGAGCUUAUCUAUUCUAUCCCCACCUUUGCCUGUAUAUACUAUUGCAGUCCUUAUGUACAAAUAUUUACAGCGCAAGAGAUGUUUCUGGCAAUCUCAUUUCAAUGUGACUAAUUCUCUGCUGAGAGAAUACAGCAUUUGCAUUUAGAAUGUAUUUAGAGAUAUAUUUCAUUCUCAUGUAUACAUACACUACAAAUAUUAAAUUUACAGUUACAUUUGUGAACUGAAAAUGUUCCAUGCUCUCUCAUGUUGUGAACAUUGCAGGAAGACUAUCAAGAGAACAAAUAUUAUAUAUAAAUAUACAUUUAAUACAUUUUAAUUUUGUGUUGCUCCUAUAUAACACUGUUAAUUUUCAAUCCAAAUAACUCUUGUCUUUUACGCUGUGGGCAUGAGAUACACUUGAAUUGACAUAUGGGUCCAGGUGAUCUUCUAUAAAGACUGAAAUGCAUGCUCUGCCCUUGAGUGAGGCACAUAUAGAGGAGCCUGUGGGUUGUUUGGUGUUGCCUGUUGUGAACUCAGUGUUCUGAUUUAUUCAACAGUUGGCGUGAUGUGAAGUCUCUGAAUAUAUGUUACUGUAUACAUACUUAGAUUACUCAUCUACGAGGUUUAUUCUUUCUCAAGGAAUAUCUCCAAGGACUGCAGUGUUUUGUUCUAGUGUUGAUUGUUACUUCAUGAAAUUCAGAUGUGGUAGUGUUUUCUCUAGCAUGCUGGAUAUAAAAGUUUCAAGCACAGCUUUAUGGGGUCUUUGUUUUAUACGGAAUAUACUUCUAAUAAAACAAACAAUGUAGGUAUGAUCUCAUUUUAACUUUCUUCUAGCAGUUGCCAUUGUGAACAUUAGCUCUGCUCCUUGAAGCAUUACUGCAAAUGAAGAUAGUUGCUAUAUGCUGAUGAACAAGUAUACUUCUAAAAUACAAGCAUAUGUAUUAACAAAAAGGAAAAAAAAGUCUGUGUGCGCACAGCUACCAUUACAAUGUUUCAGAUUUUGACCAUCAAUCACAUUAGAAAUUCUGUUAGUUUUCUGCAUUAUGACAUGUUAUGACUAAUCAUAGCUACCGAAAAGUUAAGGAAUGCCUCUCUUUCGAGACUUUUUCAUAAAUACAAUCAAAUACUGAAGAAAUCAUGUGGAGAGGCAUCGCCUUACUGACUGGACCAAUUAUGAAGUAGGAGAUAAACCAGUUUGAAAAUUUGAUAGUCAGUUUUUCUGCUCUGAUUUGUGGAUGACAUGAGAAUGAAUUUAAUGUUUUGUGAGUAUUUAUGGAUUAAUCUAACAUUUCAGUUCCAGUGUCUCUUAUGUAUUCCAGUCAUAAUAUAGGUGCUAAUUUUAAUUUUAAAUAUUUCUUUUUGUUUAUAUUUAUAAUGCACAUCAUAAGUACUUGGAAAAUGAUGAUGUGAGUUUUAACGUUAAUAUUAUAAAAUUAAUCUUCUUAGAUAAUAAUGACAAUUUAUAAAUAUGAAAAGUUUUACAUGAUGGUUUUGCAGUGUCUCAGCUUUGUACAUCAGGGUGUGAAUGAAGAUUAAGAUAAGGGUAUCCAUAAGAUACCCUUUUUUAUGAUUACAUUUACAAAUAUGCUCAGUAUAUAUGAGAAAAGUAAUAAAUCAAAUGUGGUUUUGAAUAACAUUGUACAGUAAUUUGUAUUGAGGAAGAGACUUAAGAUAUUUUAAUUUCUCUACUGUUUGAAAUAGAAGCACUGGUGUAAUUGGUGCUGAAGCAAGAAUUUCGCACCCUGUUUGUACUUUGUGCUGCAUGUUGGACAUUGCAUGAUGUAUGUGUAAUGUAUGCUCUUGGGUGCCCACAAUUCUCAUGGGGACAGAAAGCUUGCGUCAACUGUGAUUUGUAAAAUGUAGAAGGCUGUAGGAAUGAUAAUGUUGAUAUAAACUCAAUUUGUAACAUUUACCAGUGGUUUUUACUUCUCCUUCACACAUAUUGACCAAAAACAAACACUUGAUCAUAUUGAACAUGUUCUGUACAUUCUCUUUCCUUCCACAUUCCCAAUCACCUAUAAAAGUGUCAAUGGAUAUUUGAAAAUGAAUACAUGCAUGUACUAAUGAGAUCAUAAUGUAAAUUUUUUAUGAAUUGCCUCUACGUCAAACUUCAUAUGCUUUCAGCUUCAUAUGGCAGAAUUGUCGAGUCCACAAAUGUUUAGUAGGUAUAUGUUCUUCUUUGUGUAGCCUACUAGAUAUUCAUAUAUUUUUUUUUUCUGUUAAACACAAUAUGGUUGUGUUUUAAGGUUUAAAGGGAAAAAAAAAAUCAAUGAGCAAAAUGCAUUUUUAUUAAAAGAAGUAAAAAUAAAAAAAAGGAGCCAGUUUAUGAAUCGACCACUUGUCCACUAACUUCAAAACAUGCCACGACUUGCUUGUUUUGAUCCAGGAAAGAGAACUCAAGGUCAACACGAACCUGAAAAUAUAAACCCACAAUUACUAUUUGUAUUUAUGUUUAACAAUUGCAGACAGCGUUAAUUUUUCUUAGCCCAGGAGAAGUUUGUAUAUCAAUAUAGCAACCAGAAAAUUGCUUAUGUAGACUUUCUAAUGUUUUACGUUACAGUGAAAGCAAGAUAGAAAACAAAAUUUAAUUGAGUGUUUAUAAUUUGUUUCCAGAAUCUAAGAUAAAUGCCUUUUAGAGAUAAUAUCCCAGAAUCCCAAGAUCCUUACCCACCUAUACAGGUGCCAAUUGUGUAAGUGAUACAUUUUGGACUUUAAAAAAAAAUCUGAAUUAUGCUGUAUUAAUGAAAUUGCUGCACACAAUCAUUUCAAAUUCUGUUCUUCUUGAUAAUAUAAAAUAUGAUACUUUAUUAUCACUCUUACAAAAUUUCAAAAUGUAGAAAAUGAAAACAAACAUUUUUAAAGGAGAUAAUUCCUAGUCCUGAAUGUAUUGUAUUUUAAAUAGUCCCCAAAUAUUGUAAGUAGUUUACAUUAAUAAAAUAUCAAUAUACAAAUCAAAUGAAAUAUGCUGUCAAAUGAUAUACACUUGUGCAUUAAUCAUGUUAACUUGACAUAUAGACUGAAGACGGGAGACUUGGCUUGAUCUUUGGGCUGGCCCCCAAGAAAUGCUUUUGAUAUUUGAUGUACAUUGUACUAAUUUGAAUGAUGUAUCUAAUAUGAAUGCUUGGAUUUUGCAUUUCU